AUGUCUAGUCCACCUUCACCUAGAACAGCAGCUUUAACUGUUCAGAUCGCAGCCAUGAGUGACAAUUUUGAAAUAUUGUUAAGAGAACAAGGUGAACGACUUCAACAAAGAAUUGAUGAGUUGGAAAGGAGGCCCCAAAAUUCUAAUGAUGGUAGUGGUGAUGAGGAGGAAAGAAGACGUAGAAGGAGACAAGGGGGAGAUAAUUUGAGGGGCAUAAAAAUUAAAGUUCCAACUUUUAUUGGGAAGAGUGACCCGAAGGCAUAUCUAGAAUGGGAGACUAAACUUGAACAAAUUUUUAAUUGUCACAAUUAUUCUAAUCUUGAAAAAGUGGAGGUUUCUUCUAUUGAGUUCAAGGAGUAUGCCUUAGUUUGGUGGGAUCAAUUGACCAAAGAUAGAAGGAGGUAUGCAGAACGACCAAUUGAUACUUGGGAAGAGAUGAAAAGAAUCAUGAGGAGAAGGUUUGUCCCUUCCUAUUAUCAUAGGGAAUUGCACAACAAAUUGCAAAGACUCACUCAAGGUUCUAAAAGUGUUGAAGAAUAUUUCAAGGAGAUGGAAGUUCUCAAAAUUAGAGCUAAUGUAGAGGAGGACGAUGAAGCAACUCUGGCUAGAUUUCUCCAUGGUCUAAAUCAUGAUAUUAGUGACAUAGUGGAACUUCAUCACUAUGUUGAAAUGGAUGAAUUGGUACACCAAGCUAUCAAAGUAGAACAACAACUCAAAAGAAAGAGCCAAGCAAGGAGAAAUUCCACCACUUUCAAUUCUCAAAGUUGGAAGGACAAAACAAAGAAGGAGGGUGCUUCAUCAUCUAAGGAAGCCACGGUUGAAAACAAAGGUAAAACUAUUACAUCUUCUUCUUCAAGUGUUUCAACUAACAAAAGUGUUAAGUGUUUCAAGUGUCAAGGCCAAGGACAUAUUGCAUCUCAAUUUCCAACAAAGAGAACUAUGCUUAUGGAAGAAAAUGAAGAAAUUGUUGAAGAGGAGGAUGGUGAUUAUGAUGAGGAGUUUGAAGAAGAAAUACCCAGUGGAGAUUUACUCAUGGUGAGAAGAAUGUUGGGAAGCCAAAUAAAGGAGGAGGAUACAAGUCAAAGAGAAAACCUUUUUCAUACAAGAUGCUUUGUGCAAGGAAAGGUUUAUUCUUUAAUAAUUGAUGGAGGAAGUUGUACAAAUGUUGCAAGCACGCGUCUGGUUUCUAAACUAAAAUUGGAAACAAAACCUCACCCUAAGCCUUACAAACUCCAAUGGCUUAAUGAAAGUGUAGAAAUGCUUGUUAAUAAACAAGUUGAGAUUUGUUUUAAAAUUGGAAAAUAUGAGGAUGUAGUGUUGUGUGAUGUAGUACCAAUGGAAGCUAGUCAUUUGUUAUUAGGUAGGCCUUGGCAAUUUGAUAGAAAAGCCAAUCAUGAUGGGUACUCCAAUAAGUACUCUUUUAUGUAUCAUGAUCAAAAGAUCAAUCUUGUACCGUUAAAUCCUAGUGAGUCUAUUUUGCAGGAAUUUAAAGAAUUGUUUCCGGAAGAGGUGCCAAGUGGUUUACCACCUAUAAGAGGAAUUGAACAUCAUAUUGAUCUCAAUCCAGGAGCAUCUUUGCCUAAUAGGCCAGCAUAUAGAAGCAAUCCACAACAAACUCAAGAGAUACAAAGGCAAGUUGUUGAAUUGAUAAGUAAAGGAUGGGUAAGAGAAAGUUUAAGUCCUUGUGCUGUCCCUAUUAUUCUAGUCCCUAAAAAGGAUGGUAGUUUGAGGAUGUGCACUGAUUGUAGGGCCAUUAACAAUAUUACCAUUAAAUAUAGGCAUCCUAUUCCUAGACUAGAUGAUUUGCUUGAUGAAUUGUUUGGUGCAUGCUUAUUUUCUAAAAUUGAUUUGAAAAAUGGAUAUCACCAAAUUAGAAUAAGGGAAGGGGAUGAAUGGAAAACUGCUUUUAAAACAAAAUUUGGUUUGUAUGAGUGGAUGGUUAUGCCUUUUGGAUUAACUAAUGCACCUAGUACUUUCAUGAGACUAAUGAACCAUGUGUUAAGGGAGUUCUUGGGUUACAUUGUAAGCUCUAAAGGAGUCCAUGUUGAUGAGGAAAAGGUGAAAGCCAUUCGAGAGUGGCCUCCUCCCAAAAAUGGACAAGGUAAGUUGAAUAAGAGGCAUGCCAAGUGGGUUGAGUUUCUUGAACAAUUUCCUUAUGUAAUCAAGCAUAAGAAAGGUAAAUCUAAUGUUGUGGCAGAUGCACUCUCAAGAAGACAUGUCUUGCUUUCUACUCUUGAAACAAAAGUUUUUGGUCUUGAGCAUAUUAAAGAUUUGUAUAAAAGUGACCUUGAAUUUUCUUCAAAAUUUUUAGCUUGUGAGCAUACUGCCUUCAAUGGGUAUUUUAGGCACAAUGGCUAUUUAUUUAAAGAAAAAAAACUAUGUGUGCCUAAAGGUUCCAUUAGAGAAUUACUUGUAAAAGAGACGCAUGAGGGAGGACUAAUGGGUCAUUUUGGGGUUUCUAAAACUCUAGAAUUCUUAAAAGAACAUUUUUAUUGGCCUCACAUGAAAAUUGAUGUCCAAAAGCUUUGUGAAAGAUGCAUUGUGUGUAAAAAGGCUAAAUCAAAAGUUAUGCCUCAUGGUUUGUAUACUCCUUUGCCUGUACCUGAAUUUCCUUAG